GUUAUGGUAUUUUGGCUUUGUGUAUUGGUCUACUUUUUCGCAUUGCAACUGCUGCUCUCGUAACUUUUGGUGCUGAUUUGAAUAUCAAAGAGAAAUUUUUUGUUGCAUUUGCUUGGCUACCAAAAGCAACUGUGCAGGCAGCUAUUGGUCCUCAAGCAUUAGAUUAUGUACUAAUUAACAACAAAGGUCCUGAAAUGGAAGAAAUGGCAAAGAAGAUUCUGACAGUAGCUGUGCUUUCUAUUAUACUGACUGCACCAAUUGGAGCAGCUCUUAUAUCUAUUCUUGGUCCUAUUUUACUUACAAAGGGGAAAAAAGUUACAGAGAAUUUGCUCAUUGAAGAAAAUAAUGCUACAAAACUAUGACCAUGUUAUCCGUUUUGUGAAUUAGCGCUAAGCAGAGUGAAUAAACUGGAUGUUAAGGGAAUUAGAUGAAGAUAAAUUAUGUAAUAUAAUUUGAGUUCAUUUGUGCUUUAAACUUUUUUUAUUAAUUUAUUGUCUGUUCUUUCUUUUUUUAAAUAUUUUUAUUCAAAGAGAUUGCUAUUUUAGCAUAAUAUAAAAUUUAAUAAAUAAAUAAAAAACUGCAGCUUAAGCAGUUGAUUUUAGUAUUUAGUAUAAGCAGAAAAUGAUUACUAAAGGUGAUUUUAAAUAAUAAAAAUAGCUUCUGUUAUCUUUCUGUUUUUAUAUUUUUAAUGCAUUUGCUCUAUAUAAUUAUAAUUUUUGAAAUAAAAUGUCUGAAAUUAUGUUCAAUAAUAAUUUAAUGUUUAUUUUCUAAUAUCUUUAUAUUACUGAAGUUUUAAAACGUUGCAGCAUAGUGCAGAAACGAGCUUUGGCAUUUAAUAAAAUACAAAAGUUGAUUUUAAGUAUUUUAUGCAAACUUAUAUAUAAUUCUAUAUAAAUAUAUAUAUAUAUAGAUAAUUUUAUAAAUAAAAUUAAUAUACUUUUCUUUAGUUAUUAUACCAUUUGGUAUGAUCUUUAUUCAGAAUAAAUUAUUAACUAUGAAGAAGCUAGAUAACCACAUUGUCCAGCCCAAGCACUGACCCCAUGUGAUUAAUGAACUUUAAAAAUAUGACUACGUCUAUGGCUGAUAUAUUUUUUGUAAUUUAAAUUUUAAUAGCUAAAUUUGUGCAAUGUAAGGUAAUAUAUUCUACUAUAUUUGAAAUUGUCUGUAUUUCAAUGAAUACAUUUUUAUCUCUUUUCUGCAUGAAAUAAACUAUUAUAAAACCUUCAGCCACAAUUUCAAUUUAUUUUUUGCUAUGGGACCUAAAAGAUAAAAUCAGGAAGUAGUAUCAAAAUUUGCUAGUAAAGAAUUUGAAAAAAUAAAUAAAAAAAAAAAAAAAAAAAAAAAAAAGGGGGGGAAUUGUUAUUUAUGCAUGUAAUGUUAUUUAGUGAUAUUACUAAAAUUUAAGGGGAAGGGAUAAUUUAUGGAAAAGCUUAUUGUUUGUUAACUGUGAUUGUUGUUGAAAUUUUUAUUUAUUUGUUUAUUUAUCUUUAUUAAGUGCCACAGUUUUUGUAAUUAUGUCAAUUUUAUAGCAGAAUACAUAUUGUUAAAUUAUUUCAUUUUUUUAUAUUUUUAUGUACUAUUAAAAUUUUAAUUUCAUAUAUAUGGUUAGUACAUAAUUUAUAUUAAAUAAAACUUCUAUGUAAUGUUUAAUUUAAAGAAAUUAAAUGAAGUUUCAGCUGUUUAAAGAACAAUUUUUGAAUGUAUGGUAUUGAAGUAGUGUUUUUAACUUUUAAAUGAUGUUAGUAAUGAACUGAUUUAUAAAACAUACACAAGCUGUUUAAAUUUUUAUGUUUUCUUGCGUAUUGUGCCAUUCUGAAUGCUGUUUGUUCAGCUAACUAAGACAGUUACUAUUUUUCAUAGUUACAUUUGCUUGGAUGAGUUGAUAAAAAUCUGUAUUGUACCAUUCUGAAUAUUAUUUACUCAAAAGAAAAAAGAAAAAGAUGAGGACAUUUACGUUUUUUGGUUAUAUUUGCUUGGAUAAAUUGAUAAAAAUAUCCCUAAUUCCUUUAUCUGGCUAUGGAACCUAAAGCAUUCUAAAAUAUCAAUGGUAGUUUUUUUUCAUUCUUAAAUGGUAUUUGUUGUUAGAUAGAUAUUAGGUGUUAAAUUCAUGUUGUUAAUUUCAAUUUUCCCCCCAUGAAUAUUUAGCAGAAUCCCAUUUAUCUGAACUGAUUGGGGUAGAGAUAUUUUGGAUAUUACUACUUUUUGAAUAACCCUGAGUCAGUCUCGCUUGCAUAAAAAAGGUUUUUUUUGGGGGGGGGAGGGGAGAAGGGCAGAAAUACAAAUAGUCUUAAAAAAAAUUCCUUUGAAAAUUUUUAUUUUCAUUUAAAUUAUAUGAAAUAAGUAAUAUGUCUAUGUAAUUAGGAAAUGGGUGACAAAUAUUCCUUUUAAAAUAUUUAUUUUCAUUUAAAUUAUGUGAAGGAAGUAAUCCGUAUUUGUAAUUGGGAAAGGGAUAAGUUCCUUUAAAAAUUUUUAUUUUCAAAUAUUAAACUGAUGUCUUGCUGAUUAAGCAGGAAAAAUGCAUGAGGGAAAUAAAUAACAUAAGUUUAAAUGCAGGAAUUUACAGAAGUAUUUCUUAUAAAUUUAUAAAAUAAAAAGAGAGAGAGAAAAGAAAAGAUGUGUUCAUAAUAUUACAUAAAUAAUGGUGAGAGUAUACAGUUUCAAAAAUUCUCUUCUAGAGUAUUUUCAGUCCUGUUAACUUAUGAAUUUUUCAUUCCAUACUUUACAUGGUAUGUAAUGCAAUUAUAACAACAAAGAUUGGAUAUGAACUUUUAGGGAUCUCUCUAUAUAUUCAGCCUUUAUUUCCACAACCAUUGUUCCAUAUACUUCCAGGUACAAAAGUAUUUGAAAUGAUGCAAAUAUUCAUUUUUGGCAUUUUGAGCUUAAUUUGGUAAAAAUUGCCAAAUCUAACUUUUUAUAUGCUUUUACAGUCCCUGUACUUAUAUUUAGUAACAUUUUGUACUUAUCCUAAAAAAUAAAAUAACAAAAAUGUGAUUCUUGUGUGAAAAAAGUUGACUAAAAUAAUUUUUUUUUUUUAAAGUUGGAAAUUAUAUUCAAGGGCCAUACACAGACUAAGAGUGAAAUGUUUUAAUUUGUACAUAAUUGAAAAUAUUUAUCAGUUUAUGGUUUAUAAGUGUCAGUUUAGGAAACAAGCUUCUGACAUUAGAGAUGAAAUAAUGAGCCUCUCUAUGCAGAUUAUUAUUAAAAGUAUUAAUGAAUAUAACUUUUUCUCACAAAGGAUGUCUUAUAUGAAGAGUUUUAUAGAAUUCAUGUUUUAGAAAAUCAGUAGUGGUGCAUAGCCAACUUCUCACAUUGUUUGCAUGAAUUAAAAAUGAAAAGUAGUAUUUCUGGUUUAAUGAAGCAAUCUGCAAGGAUUAUUAGAAGUGCAGGAUUAUUAGAUCAUGAUUCUAAAAUAAUAAAACUUCAUGAGAAUAUUAAUAAUGCAUUUUUAGCAUUAAAAACAUAUAAAUUAUUUGUGUGAAUAUUUCUUUCAUAAUAACAAUUGUAACAAAAUUGUGAAUUAAAGAAUGUUACAUGCAUAUGAAUAUCAAAAGAAUAUCAUUGAAUGGCAUUUUAAGAGAAAAAAAUUAAUCUUGAAUUAUUUUAUUUUAUAAGGGACUAUUCAAGGGAAGUAGAAGAUAGUGUCAAAUAUCUAAUACUUGAAAAUAAAAGUUUGAGAUUAAAUAUCUCAGUCAAUUUUUGUUGUACAGGAGUUGUACUGUUUUGUUUUACUUUUUGUAAUGAGUAUAAAAAUUUCCUGAAUAUAAGCAUAGGCAGUAGAGGAAAUGCAUUAAAAGUUAAAUUUGGUAAUUUUUAUACAAUUUACUUUUUUUUAAAUUUAAAAAUACCAAAAUAUGAAUAUUUGCAUCAUUUAAAAUAUUUUUAUAGCUGUAAGUAUACAUCUAUGACCAGCAGUUGCAAAAGGAGGUUUAACCUUUAUGGACACUGUGUGUGUAUAUAUAUUUUAUAUAUAUGUGCAUGCAAGGAAAUAUGGUGCUAAGAAUAUGGAAGGAAAUAAAGUGUGCAUGUGUGUAUGUAUAUAUAUAUGUAAGAAAAAUAAAGAAUAUGUGAAAGAUUAAAUUAGCAGCUUAAAUUCCUUUCUGUGUUCUAAAAAUAGUAACCUCUAUUUGCACUGU